AUGCCCGGCACGCCCAGCCUGCUGCCUCCUCUGCUCGCCCUGCUGUGCCUCGGGGUGGCCGACCCCCAGGCCGACCCCGCCGAGCCGUGGUGCCCCUACAAGGUGGGCGGCGAUGGGGCGCGGCUGUGCUUCCGCCCGCCGGCCCGCGGCUUCCAGUGCUCGGCCCGCGGCUGCCGCGCGCACCGCUCCGCCGGCGGCGCGCUGGUGGCCAACGUGCUGCGGAACGGCAGCGUGCUGCUGCAGUGGGGGCUGCGGCACUGGGGGCCGCCGCCUCCGCGCCCCUCCGCCGCCCUGCGCGGCUUCGCGCUCAACUGCUCGUGGGACGGCACCUACACGCGCUUCCCCUGCGACAGCGUGGAGCUGGGGGCCGCGUGUCGCGACUACCUGCUGGCCGAGGCGCACGGCAGCGUGCGCUACCGCCUGUGCCUGCAGCCGCGCUACGCCCCGCCGCGCCCCGCGCCGCCCGCGCAGUGCGUGGAGUUCCGCGUGGAGCCCGCGGCCAUGCGCGACAUCGUCGUGGCCAUGACGGCCGUGGGGGGAUCCAUCUGCGUGAUGCUCGUCUUCAUCUGCCUGCUCGUGGCGUACAUCACCGAGAACCUCAUGAGCCCCGCGGUGCGCCGCGGGGGACACGCGGCCGCCGCUGCGCGCCGCGCGUAGUGCGGGAGGGGAUGAUGGUGAUGAUGGUGGUGAUGAUGGUGAUGAUGGUGAUGGUGGUGCUGCGCCCGGCGGCUCCCGCAGCCGUCCUUUCCGCGCUGGGAAGAGGUUUUCCAGACUGUUCUGGCAGCGCUGGCUUUGCCGUGCCCAAAUUUCCAGGAUGCGCGUUUCCAGCGGAGUUCCGAGCUCUUCUUCCUCCUGCGGUGGCGUCUCGGCCGGAGCCUUCGCGGUGAUGAACUCGUGGCGUCUCAGCGGAUCAAAAAACAAUGGCAGAGGUCCCCAAGUGCCAGAAAUCGUCUGUUUUUAAGGGCAAACGGCAGAUCCUACCGAGAGCCUGUUUGAAAAGACUCUCCAGAACACCUUUAGUUUGAGCAUAAAACCUCUUGGUCUUAGACCAGCGCUUGAUUUAUUUUAUUUUUUUUUUCCUGUGGGGUAAAGUUGUUUAAAGUUCAGGAGAGCUGACUGGUGGGACCACAAACCCCAUAGCUAAGUGUGUGUUUGAUCCAAAGCCCACUUAAUCUCGUGGUUUAGGUGGGUUUUGUAUCAUGCCUUACGGUGGUCACAAAUUUUGGGGCCAAUAUCCAAAAACGACAGGGGUUUUCUGGUCGGGGGUUUCCUGGUCAGCUCCAGCAACCACCAACAUCCAACACCUGCUUUUCUCACAUCAGAACUUUGUCACAGUUUUACAAAGAGUGCAGGUAAAGGGAUAAAUUGAGUAAGAAAACUCCAUUUUGUUGAGUAAGUAGGAACCAACCCUUAAUUAUAAGUAAGAUAUAAGUGAGCACCCCCUUGGCCCCUGAAAUCCUCUCUUUUAGCAAAGCAGCUGCACUGAGGUAGAAGCUUCUUGACCACAGAAGUCACUGAUGUUGUAGCCGAGUGUUUUGGGCGUAGGAACACUCCCUGGUAACUCCUCACUUGAUGCUGUAGUAAAGUAAGGUUUUAGCCAUACUCUAGUACUGAUUCUAUUGUGCCUUAGUGCUGAGAAUUUGUCCCAUUUCUAUUGGUGUGUACCUGUUCCUCUAGUCCUUGUAGUUAACUGUAUCUCCCUCGUGUUCUUGUGUUGUUGGUUGUUGGUUUGUCUGGUUGUUUUCUUUAAAAAACAAACAAAAAAAUCAAACCAACUUGGGCUGAUCAUUACUUGAAAUUUAAUAUAUACACAAAGUAGUUACCUUCGGAGAGGUAUUUAGUGAGGUAGUUUUUAGUACGUGUUGUUUGUAUGUAGUUGACUGCUGUAACACAGAAAAUAAUUUGUUAUCACUUAGGAAGUGUGCUCUUAAAGCAAAAAAAAAAAAAAAAAACAAGUAGGAGAAAGGCUCUUCUGUAAAGGGAUUGUGUGAUCUGUUUGUGUAAAUGUUUAGCACUGGUGAACGACCUGUUUGAAAGUCCUUUGUGAAGUUUAAGCUUGGUGGUAGAGGGUAAAUAUAGGAAGCGUGUGGAAUCCUUAAUAAUACACAGUAUUUGUACUGAACAUAAUCCCUUCUUCAGGAACUUGGGGGUGGCUGAGGAGCUGCAGGUCUGCAUUUCAUCAGCACCUUUUCCUUUCUUGUUCCUGCUGUGUUUCCGUGCUGGCUCCAUCUGGGUGUUCUGUGCUGGAUUUAAGCGACUCACUGGUGCCAUCAUUUUGGGGUUUUUACCCCAAAGGAGAUCAACUGCUGGAAGAAAAGGCAAUUUUGAAGAACAUUAAGACAAAUUUUGGUCUUUUAAAGGUUGCAGGGUUUUUUGGGUUUUUUGUUUGUUUGUUUUUUUGGGUUUUUUUGCUGUAUCCAGCUCAGCACAGGAGCAUUUGGGUGCCACUGAUUUUGUAUAUUUCUGUCACCUUCUGUCAAACAAUGUCAUUGUUCUGUUCCUCAUCUCGUCACGAAUUGCCAGAUGUGAAAACCAGCUGUACAAACCACGAGCCUUGUACCACCUUGGCAUUGAACUUAAUAAAUUUAGAGGAUGAUGAAAAGAAAAGAAAACUUCAUAAGUAUUUAAAGGUUCAAGAUCUUGCUUGACUCAAAGCGAAUCUGCCCAAACCAGUCGUAAUAAUAUUCCAUUGCCUACUGUAAAAUUAUGACAUGAAUGGGAAAAUUAGGGAUUUAUUCUCUGAAUACUCCCAUUUUAUUUACUAGAGGUUUGGACUAUAGAUAACUGGGUAAUUCAGGUGGUAACACUGAUGUAAGUCUGAGGAAAUGGAAAUUUAAUUUACAGUUUUGAACGUGCCUCUUCAGUUAGAAGACAGUAAGAUUACCUCUGCAGGUAAUAAUGUAAAUGAUCAUAAUAAAUAAAUAAAUAAACACACAAACAAACAAAUAAAUAAUAAUAAUAAUAAUGGUAUAACCCUAAUGGAUAAUGAGAUAACCCUAAAACAGCACCUAGAAGAUACUAAAGAGGUGUUUUUGUAGUCAUUUCACAUUUUUAUUCAUCAGUCUCUGGGGAUUGCAUUGCAACAGGGCAGAGGGUAGAAAAAUAACAUAAAUCCUGAUAGAAGACAAUCUGCAGUUUUCUAAAGGAUUAUUUUCUCUUUUUUUUUCCUUUUCCAUUCAUUACGAAUGGGAUGUGGGAAACAAUAUCUCAGUUUCUCAUUCAUUUUCAGUGGAUUAAUCUUUAAUUGAACACAUCUGGGUGUGUGGAGAAGAAAAUCAGAGUGUUCCCUGUUUGAUUUUGUGUGACAUUAAGCAAAAUACCUGUUGACCCGUCGAUAACUGGAUUUUUUCCUUCUGUCACUAUAGGAAUCUCCUCCACCAUGAAUGUAGACAUUUCUUGUGAUAAUAAAAGGGGAAAUUACGUGUA